UCAACUCCCCCGAUAACUGCCGAACUCCGAUUUCUCUCAUUUGAUGAUUUGCUCGAUUUCCCCCCACAAACUAACAACACCGUUGCCAUUCCUCCUACUUCUCCCCUACUAACCCAUUCUCUCACCAUGGAUUCCGGUCCUCAGUCUGCCGUAGACGGCGGUGGCGGCAGAUCCAGUGGAAAAGUCUAUAAACGGCGGCGAAGCGCUACCAGAAAGACUCCAUAUGACCGCCCCACUGCGCCUCCCCAACCAGAAAGCCCUAAUUGGUUAAAUGGACUUGUUUUCCCUGCCAAAUUUGUUGCUGGUGGUGCUAGUAAACUUUUUUCGUCAAUUUGGAACCCCAAGAGUUGGGCCUCGCAUUCGUCUUCUUCAGACAGCGAUUCUGAUUCAGGUGCUAUAGAAGAUGAAUCUGAAGAUAAUGGAAAUCUUUCUGAUGGGGGUGUUGAAUUGAACCAGAAUGAAGGCAGUUCAUCUGGAAAGAGUGAGAUUUUAUAUUUAGUUGAACAACUACUUAUGCUCGAACGCUAUUCAAGGGAAGAAUGUGAUAGAGUAAUAGAGAUUAUCAAUUCACGAGUUGUAGAUUACACCAUGGGAGAUGUUGGAACAAAGAGUCCAGAUACUCACAACCAAGUAAUCAUGGAAGCAAGAAAAGUGAUUACAAAAAACAUGGUUGGAUCAAGUUCAAAGUCAGACAUGGAAAAUCACAUUCAUGGCUCCAAAUCUGUUACAACAACACCAAAUAAGGAUUAUGUUUCUAGUGGAUCAUGGAACAUUCAGGAUGAAAUACAACGGUUGCGAUCAAAGGCAACAGAAGAUCUGUUAAUUCGCCAUGAAUCACCGAAACUUGACAAGAUUUUGGAGGUUGUUAAUGUUAAUGUUAAACCAACUAUGGAACCACAACCAGAGGAUGAAAUUGUAAAUUUGGCUUCAGAGGGGGGUACUUUAGGUUUAGGCCUCUCAGAUUUGACAACCACUCAAGAUCAUGGGCCCACCGAAGCCUUUUCAUCCCUGCCAACCAUCGAGGAACAAAACCAGGAAAAAGAGGAUGAAGAUGAUGUGAAAUCAGAAGUGGAAAGGAAUCAUGAUGUGAAUGGUUCACAAGGAAGCUCAAACACAAAUGAUCCGUCUGGCUUUAUUAGAACAACAAAUAGCCCGGUGACACGGGCAAUGGCAAGAAACAGGAGAUACAAUCAAAACCAAAAGGACAAAUGAUUGGUUGGAUUGUGAUUGUGAUUGUAAGUAGCUGCUACUGACUAGACAAGACAAGACAACACAAGACAAAUGUUGGUACAAGUUUUAGGGUUUAUUGUGUCAAUGGAUGUAAACUUUAGGGGGGUUUGUUGUAUCAUUAGUAGAUGUUAACUUUUAGCCAAGGGUUAGGGUUAGGGUUAGGGUUAGGGUGGGUUUAUGUAGGUUUGAAAAACUAGUUGUGUGUUUAAACUAAUUUAGUCUAUUUGUAUGAUGUGAUGUGAUGUGAUGUGUAAUUUGGUAGGGUAUUGUGAAGAGGAGUUGUGGUAUGUACUAUGCACUAUAAUGUAAUGCAACUUAAAUGUGUGUUGUUGUAGUUUCAUAGAUGUUUAAUGAUUGAAAUAAAGUUAUUUUUAUA